UCAUGGCCAUCCUGUUUCUUCGUCUACUGUACGGGUAUUUAAAAAAAUGUUUAGCAGCCUACGAGCCAGUCGUUUCGCUUUUCUUUAGCUUCUCCCUCUAGCGUGUGUAGAGCUCCUUUAGCUCUUACCUCAUACAAGAAACAACACAAUGAUGUGUAAAAUUGUUUAUGCCUUACUUUUGGCUGCGGCCAUUGAAGCUCGGUUUCUUGGUAGCCAUGGAAACUAUCAACUGCAAACGGUCGCCAUCCCGCUAACAGAGUGGGUCCUGCAGGACAAGCUGGUCUAUCCUAUCCCCACUGGAACUGCAACCACCUUCGGUGAGGCGGAAGGUAACACGCUCGGCCGUUGGGCUGUCAUGCCCUCAGGAAGUGAUGACAUCGUUCGCACGUCGUACAUCCCUAAUAAUCGAGGAACGAGUGCUCUUUCUGAUGACUUACCUUUCGCUCCUAUUGCCGACUUGGUAGCAGCCGUUCCAAGUAAGGGUGACGCCGUCAAGGCCAGCCUGACAGCCGGUCCAGUCCGACUGAAGCGUAAAAAUAUUCUGCGUUACAGAAAUGGUGAAUUCAGGCCUACGUUAUGCUCACCCAGGUUAUGCUUGUCCGAAAGGCCGUAUGACGAAUAUGAACCAAUCCUGGACACAACAUUUUCGGAAUAAUUAAAGGCCCUAUUCGUAAAAGUUUUUUGCUCUUGUCAGUUGUGUUUUAUCUUGUUGGUUGUACUCCAUGCCCUCCAUAAAAAAAAAAUACAAACAUUUUUGCUCAAUGUAAA